AAAUCGCAAGCGCUCAAGGUCCAUGAUCCUCCAUACACCCCCAUGCCGGCUGGCUUAAAUCACCACGAAACAUACUGCGAUAAUCCACGAACGUUUACUCACGUAGACACGUGAGUUUUCAAAGACAAGUCGCGUGAGUCGGAGCCGUUCUGAACACCGCCUUCCACCGUUUCCGCGGUUUCCUCGGGUCCGGGUCGGUCAUCAUAUUUUGGUUUCAGUCUUCCCUCUUCAGACACCAUCUCGCGCGAGAGCUAGGGAGAGGGAGAGGGAGAAGCGGAGAGAGAAAGGGAGAGAGAUGGAUGAAGAGCACGGUGGGAGUGGCAGUAGCAACGUGGAGACGGCGAGGGCGGAGAGAUCGGUGUGGCUGAUGAAGUGCCCGGUGGUGGUGUCGAAGUCAUGGCAGUCCCACCCAGCUUCCUCGGACACUCAGCACCCCCUCGCCAAGGUCGUUCUAUCCCUCGACCCUCUCCGUUCCGACGAUCCCUCUUCCCUCCAGUUCACAAUGGAGAUGGCUGGAAAUGAGAUGGGGAAUAUGCCCAAAAGUUACUCACUGAAUAUGUUUAAAGACUUCGUUCCUAUGUGUGUUUUUUCUGAGACACCUCAGGGUAAGGUUGCAAUGGAAGGCAAAGUGGAACAUAAAUUUGACAUGAAGCCUCAUAGUGAAAAUAUGGAAGAGUAUGGAAAAUUGUGCCGUGAAAGGACAAAUAAAUCCAUGAUUAAGAAUAGACAAAUACAGGUGAUCGACAAUGACCGUGGAGUGCAUAUGAGGCCCAUGCCUGGAAUGGUUGGCUUGAUAUCUUCCAGUUCUAAGGACAAGAAGAAAACAGCACCAGUCAAGGGAUCAGACAUGAAAAGAACUAGAAGGGAUCGUGGGGAAUUGGAGGAUAUUAUGUUCAAACUUUUUGAAAGACAACCAAAUUGGGCUUUGAAACAGCUAGUCCAAGAAACAGAUCAACCUGCGCAAUUCUUGAAAGAGAUACUGAAUGAGCUGUGUGUUUACAAUAAAAGGGGUACGAACCAAGGAACUUACGAACUUAAGCCAGAAUAUAAGAAAACUGUGGAGGAUACAGGUGCUGAAUGAUCGUCUCUUUGUCUGACCUUAUAUCCAAGCUCUAGAUUAGAAUAGCUCGUUAUCAAGAAAGGUGAAAUUUACUGUAUGGUGGACCCUGAUCCGUGAAAUCCACAAGGUGCAAUCAAAAACUAUAUAUAUAUUGGUAGGGAUCACAACUAUUCCUGUAUGUCUAUGAAUUCAAUGUGUGGCUCCUCAAAUUUGCUUGACAAAAUAUUUAUUUCCUUGCAGUCACUUGCAUGUAAAUCAGAGUUGACGUUGCGUCUCUAUGAAGUAUGGAUGCCUUAUAAUUACAAUUUUUUAGGAAAAAACAACAAAUUAACUAGUCCAAA